UAUUUUCAAUAGAUUCAUUGUGCAAAUAUUGUGCAAAUAAUAAUAGUAUCAUGUAAAUUGAUGAAAGUAUCGCAAUAAUUGCGGUAAGAUAAUAUGUCAUAAGUGCAGCAGUUUUGUUGAAAUAAACAUUUUUAAUAAUAUUAGUAUUAAAAAUUAUUAAUAAAAUUAAUAAAAUGGGACAAAUUUAAGUUUGAGGUACAUUUUACAAUUAUAUCAAAAACUGUUUUAUUUAUUAUUUAAAAUGUCAUGAUGCUAAAUGUGUAAUAUUUCAUGUUGGAAUAUUUCUGCAUUAUAAAUUUAGAAGCAAUUAUGCAAUUAUCAUACACGCGAUAGAUUAAUUAUAUCUCUAAAUAUUUUAUAUACAAUGCAGCAAAAAUAUUUCCUUCAAUUAUCAAACAAUUUCUUUCCACAUUUAUUUAAUUUUAAUAAAAUUCUACCAAAAUGCUAUUUCAUAAGUAAUUGCACAGUUAUCAAUAUUUUACAAAAAAUCAAUUCUUUUACAUAUUUAUUUUUGUAAAUAAGUUAUAUACAAUAUAAUCGCAGAUUAUAGUGUUCAUGGAAGAUUUCAUAUGACAUAAUUUAAUAAAUAUUGUUCUAUUAGACAUAUAAUAAGCUCUGUAAACUAAGUUUUAUGUAUCUAUAAAAUUUAUUCAAUAGAAGAAUCAUAGAAAAAAAAAACGUCGAAAACGUAGUAUUGUAUUUACUAUAUUGCACAAUUAGACUCUUCGCACAAGAGCAAUACACGCACAACACGUGAUGUUACAUAGCGAUGUUUCCGGUACGUCGAGUACGUUUAUCGUUACGUUCGGAUUUAGGUUUAAAGUCAGUUGUUCAACAGCUUAAUCCCCGUGACUGAUACCUUUGUGCGAACAAUUUUGUAUCUUCGUGGUCGAGGCGAUUACGUCAGGGUGAAUUAAACGACAGAAUAUUCCGACAUAUGUUAAUACAUUCAUGCGGAGAGACAAACACGUGCACGCAUACACAUACGAAAACAUGCAGUGUAUAUACAACAAAGAACUUUACGGACACCGAAGUACAUCGCGCGUCGCAUUCGCUUAGAUAAGCGCCUAAUUUUUGCCAAUGAAGAAAAACAAAACUUCGGGUGCAUCCGACGAGUGCGCCCGCGGGCCGUUUUAUCGCGCAUUCGUCAACGAGUUACCGCAUAGGGCGUGUGAGUGUGUAAGCUUAGUCCGUUUUUAACAAACAUCGCGGGAGAUAAUGGACCGAACUAUGCCGGAAUGGAGACGUUAUUUGCUCGUGCAACCGCCCUCGGUAUUGCUGAUGUUCGCCAGAGCGAUGACAGAUACUAUUCUGAUAGAUCUGAUAGUGUAUCGUACGUGCACCGUAACGCUGAAGCUAAACGAAACGGAGUGUCUCAUACCCCAUAACGAUAGCAGCAGCAAGGAGGCACUCAGAAUCGAUUCCAUGGUUCAGCCAUACGCGAGCCAGAUCGUGAUGGGUAAAUCCUUUAUGAAUAGCAUUUUCCCAUCGCUCUUGAUGCUAUUUCUAGGACCGUGGAGCGACAAGUACGGAAGGAAACCCGUUAUGCUUUCAGGAUAUAUAAGUAAAUCUUUAACUUUUGCUCUGCUCUCUGUAAUAGCUAAUUGGGACAUCGGGCCUUGGUAUUUCCUGUUAGCCUACGUCCCCAUUGUUUUUUUCGGUGGCGUAAACGUAUUGACGCUCGCCACAAUGUGUUACAUCACUGAUAUGACAGACGAUAACGAGCGGGCAUGGUACUUUGCCUGCUUGGACGUACUGAUCUCCCUUGGCGUGCUAAUCGGAUUGCUCGUCGGUCCGGUGAUAUUCGAGGCAUGCGGAUACACCGGUGUGUUUAGCGUCGCGACCGCAUUCUGUAUUUUGGCGACGUUAUACACGUUAUUCUUUAUUCCAGAAACUAUACACAAUGAAACUUUCGACGUCCGUAAAGUAUUUGACUUUGCGUUAGUAAAGGAUCUUAUUAACGCGUGUAUCAAAAAGAGAGAUGGAUUCAAUAGGUCAUUAGUUUGGAGCUGCGUAGCUUGCCUCACGAUUCUCUUGAUUGUCUUUGAGGGCUAUCUCGCCAUCGGAUAUCUGUUCGCGAGCGCGCGGCUCGGCUGGACCAUGGAAAAGUAUAACGCCUACUUGGCUACAGACGUUGUGAUAGGAGUAUUCGGAACGAUGUUCGGUAUUAAAUUAAUGCAGGAAUGUGCAGGAUUCUCAGAAACGAUAAUUGCCAUGAUAUCUCUUACAUCGGCUGUCGCUAGUACAUUGACACGUGCCUUUACAUGGCAGUCUUGGCACAUGUAUUUGUCAGUGAUUCUAGGAAUAUUUAGUGACAUAUCUGAACCAAUGAUUCGUGUCAUAUUGACCAAGGCGGUACCUAUACAAGACACAGGGAAGGUUUUUUCCGUGGCUAUGUCCGUGGAGACACUGUUACCAUUCGCAGCAACCUCCAUGUAUACAUUUCUUUACUCCCACUACAUGCCACCUAUAUAUCCUCUACCAGUGUGGUUCUUAUCAGCUGUAUUCGAAGUCAUAACUAUUGUGAUACUGAUAUAUAUUCAGAGUCGAGCAAUAAAAAGCACUACAGUGCCUUUUACCGUAUUAAACGAAGAUGAUACAUUAAGAUUUUAGUGAGAAAAACCAAGUACAAAAUAUAGAGAUCAACUAAAUAUGAAAAGAUAAUCUUUUUAUACGGGUAUUUUUCUAGUAAUA